GGCACUUCUGUGGACCCUGUGGAAGUUGAGUCUGAGUCCUGCUCCAGGCCUGAACAGAAUCAAAACCUGGACUUGGAGAUGGACAAAGAGCAGAAAGUUCUGAUUCAGGACAGAACUGGGGAGGAUGAAGAGGAGGAGGAAGAGGAGGAGGAGGAAGGAGGAAAUACCAGGAUGGAGUCAGAGUCCAAGAACUGGAACGAAUUGGACACAGAAUGGCUAGAGGAGAGGUUCCGCAUUGACAGGAAGAAAUUGGAGACCAUGCUUUAUGGCCCUUCCGAUGGACCCAGCCUGACAGGAGAGGAGUUUUUUGGGAAGGUGAUGAGGGAAACUAACACGCAGGUGAAAUGGCCGUCAAAGCUGAAGAUUGGAGCCAAGUCAAAGAAAGAUCCUCAUGUAAAAGUAGAAGGAAAAAGAGAUGACGUUCUGGAGGCAAAGCGUAAAAUUCUGGAGCUUUUAGAGACGAAGGUUAAUAAAGUCACAUUGAAGAUGGAUGUCACUCAUACUGAACACUCUCACGUAAUUGGAAAAGGGGGAGGAAAUAUCAAAAAAGUUAUGGAAGACACUUCUUGUCACAUCCACUUCCCUGACUCAAAUCGUCACAGUGCAAACGGGGAGAAAAGCAACCAGGUGUCAAUCGCUGGACCAGUGCAGGGUGUGGAAUCUGCUAGAAAAUACAUCAGAGAUCUACAACCUCUGGUGUUGACCUUUGACCUACCACUGACCCUGAUCGGCGGGGUUGUUACAGACUCGAGCUCACCGGUGAUCCAGCAUGUAGCGCAGGCUUUUGGAGUGAGUGUGACUUUCAGAACACAACCCAAACUUUACUGUUCCACCUGUGUGGUGCGAGGUCUGCAAGGAAACUGUUCUGCUGUGAAGAAGGCUACCUGUAUCCUGAUGGAGUUGCUCCUGGGCAGGGAUGCAGCAGCGGUUGCCGGGGUAACAGGGGUUAUUGUAAGCACACAGCUGGAUGUAACGUCUCAGCAGCAUCUUUUUCUGCUUGGCCAGAAUGGAGCCAACUUCCUGAAUGUCAUGCAUCAAACACACACACAGAUCGUCCUGCCUGACCUCACCGCCCCACAACACACACCCUCUCUACUCAUCCAGGGCACCGCUGAUGGAGUUUGUCUCGCUCGACAACAGCUCAUGGAGUGUCUGCCGGUGUGCCUGAUGUUCGAGAUGAAGGAUGAAGGAGAGUCUGACCCUCGCAAACUUGCGCAGAUGAUGCAGAGUCUUGGAGUCUUUAUCAGUGUCAAACCAAAGGCUAAACAGGCUGCUAAGUCUGUAGUGGUGAAGGGGUUGGAGCGAAGCAUAACAAAUCUAUAUGAAGCCAGAAGACUUCUGCUAGGCCUUGAGUGCUCUGAGGUCUUCAUGGCAACAAAGAACUCAUGUGAGGUGUCUAUUGGACAAAAGACAACAACAGACUCCCUGCUGGGCAGCAAUGGAAUUACAAACUACUGGCUCAAAAUGCUAAUGCAGCAGCUUCAUGUCACAGAGACAGGCACUGUCAUGGCAGUUGAUUCAGCUUUAAACCCUUCCCAUGUGAAGCCACGCCCCUCCCCGCCACCUGGACUAGCUGCUCCUGCAGAUGAGGGCCGGAUGGGACUAAGGGGAACAGACACUAAAUUAGAGAAGAUCCCGGAGAACGAGGAUCACUCAACAAAUGAAGCAAAUGAGCAUGCGGGAAUACAGGCUCCAGAGGUCAAUGAGGUCAAAGAGGUCACUAUGAAGACUGCAGGAUCAGUCAGGAGAAACAGCCAUUCAGAUGCUAUCAGGUCUGUAAGGAUGGAGGUGGAUGGUGUGCAUUUUAACAGAGACAGACGCUGCAGUCUUCGGAUCUUUCCCUCCCUGGAGUCAAACUCAAAUAAUGAGAAACAAGAGUAUGAGAGAAAGAAACUUCUAGCAACUCAAGCCAUGCUGAAAAAGCCAGUAGUGACAGAGGUCCGGACCCCCACUGACACAUGGAGUGGUCUGGGCUUCUCCAAAUCAAUGCCUGCUGAGGCUGUUAAGGAGCUUCGCAGUGUGAACCGCCGCUGUUACAAAUCCUACCUCGGUAAUCAACAGCCGUGGACCUCUCAAAGUAGCAAGGACAGAUUGUGUAAUGGCAGCAAUUCAGAGAACUGGCGAGAGAGACGAGGGUCUGCAUCAUCAUCAUCAUCAUCAUCAUCACCAGUGUCCUCCUGCUCUUCGUGUUCCCCCACCUCCUUCUCCUCUUCAUCAUCAUCACCAUCAAUUUUGAUGGCAUAUAGUUCCUGUACAGGGCGUACCAACACAGAUAAAACAUCUGAUGGAUUCCUUAAUAGCAGCAGCUACUAUGAAGGUGUGUCCAGACCACUGGUUGGUGGAUCUCCCAGCCCUCCUCCUAUGAAACAGGAUGACCUGCUGGAGCUACUGAUACAGCUGGGCCUGGAGAAAUACACCACAAUAUUCCAGGAGCAAGAGAUUGAUUACCAAACAUUCCUCACUCUUUCAGAAGAGGAUCUGAAGGAAGUGGGCGUAUCCACAUUCGGGGCCAGGAGGAAGAUGCUAAUGGCUAUUUCUGAUUUGAAUAAAAAUAAGAUGAAAUUCCCUGAAGCUCCUGUGGUUAAACCUGGCUAUCUCGAGGGUGGAGCUAGUGGCCGCCUUCCACGAAUCAUGGAUGAGGACACGAAUACUAACAGAAACCGCUGGUGAAACUGGACUUUCACAAAACUGGACUGUCUACACUACAGUGCUACAGAGGCUGUGCUUUCUGAAUAGUGAUGUGCCUCAGUAAUGGGUAAAUGGGAAUUAAAUAAAGGGACUAGCUAUUAAGAUUAAUUACAGACGGGCACCGAAGUGGACAGAUGCGAUAUAAUUCUCAGAGGACGUGUGAGAGAAUAUCUGACCUUCACACUGGAUUGAAUCUCUUUCUAAUGCCAACAUUUAAUAUGCAAACCCUUAUGGCCUUUUCUUUCACAUUCUCUUUCUCUUACUUUCUUAUGCUGCAGCUCAGCUCAGCUCAGCUCUCUCUCUCUCUCUCUCUCUCUCUCUCUCUCUCUCUCUCUCUCUCUCUCUCUUAAUCAUUUCUGUGCAGGACCAUGAUGUGCUGUGCAAAUAUGAGAAUGUUGUGAACAUUAUUAAACAUUUCAAAUAAAUGCUACUCUUCUCUGGAGGAAAGAAAAUA